GACGUGCCUUAUUGAACUUGUUUCCAUAAAAUGGAAAACGAAAAAACUAUAUUAGACAUGAGUCAUUAUAAUCUCUUUCUUGUACUCGACAUUCUAAAGAAACACUGCGAAAUACAGAAUGCCAAUGAAUCUUUGGCGCCCAUCAAAUACGCUGAUAUCUUUAAUUUUGCUGUCACUUGCAAGAAAUUUCGGCGAAUCGUUUGGGACUGGGAUAAAUCGAUGUACCACGAACUGGAGAUCGACCUACUGUUUGUUGUUCCCCACAAAACAAUCAACGUUGCGUUUGCGGAGAUUCAUAAAUCUCUGGAGGGAGCCACAAAGCAAAAAAGAGAACAGUAUAUGGACAUUUAUAUAAAGGCCUUGAUGGGGAAUCCCCUACUUCACAAAAUUACCCUGAUCCAUACCAACCCGGACUUUAACAGCGAUCACUCGAGUGUAUUUGAUGAAAUCGUAAUGGCACUGCAUGGCAAAGCCAAGCGCAUAACGUUGGAUUCGGCUAGAAUGCCGAAAAUCAAGGAGAUAAUUGUUGAUAUAGCAGAUCGCGAAAUAAGUGAUCUUUAUCUCUUUCGAAAUAUUUCCAAGCUCAGCCUAACUGCAUCUAUUCAAAUGUCUGACCUUGAGGAAUUUUGCCGUUUAAACCCCACAUUGGUAACAUUGGAAGUGAAUUCAAUUCACUUUUCUGACUGUGGAAAGCUAACUCAAAUCGUUCCCCACUGCCCAAAUUUAAAGCAAUUGAAAUUUCAAGCGAAUGAUAAUUUAAGGGAUAAUGAUAACGUCAAGCUUUCUCUAUUAAAUAAGCUUCAAAAAUUAGAAAUUGUCAACACGAUCAACCUUCCAAAGAAGCUUAAUUUCCUGCUGCCUGAUAAAAAUGAAGAAGAAUGGCAGGAAGACCAGUCUUUAGAAAUGUCCUCCGAGUGUGCGUCCCUAAUUGGAGGUGUCUCAACUUUAAGGACAUCCACUCCCAUCCUUCAGCUCCUUAGAGCUUUUAGCGAGAAGAAAAAGUCUGCGCUAAUUCAAUUGCGCAUAGGUUUUGACAUUGACGAUGAAAUGGCACAGGCUAUUGUGAAUGUAAAAGGACUACGAAUGUUGGAGUGCGGAUUCUGUGAUCCCAAGAGCAUUAGGCAUAUGGUACGACACGCAACACUUAACCGAUUAAGCAUACUCAGUAAGGGUCCACUAGUUACCGAUUAUUAUGCAGCUUUGCUAGAAAAACAAGUCACUGUCUCAAAUUUGGAUUCAAAAAUGUAUUUAAACGCUCGAGGGUAUCUAUAUAUUCAGACAGAGAAUGCGCACAUUUUUUCGCGUGUUGACUUUGAACCGUUUUUGAAACUGAAAAACCUUAAAAAUCUAAUAUUGCCUGUUGAUAUGCUCGUAUCUAUGGAAUCCACAUUGCCCCAGUUCUUGGAGCUAGGUGUAUGCAUAAGAAGUGAAGCAUGCGAAAUAGUCCUGGAUCCUCAGAAGCGGAAACUUCAUGUGAUCUACGAAAUUGGCUACUACAAAGAUGUUCAUUUUUCAAUGCCAACGAAUCUGCGCUGCGUUGAGCUUAUCUCUUUAUAUAUGCCAACAACUCACCUUCUUCAACAACUAUCCACACACAACAUAGAAACAUUGCAGGAAUUAUAUAUCGGAUAUCCUGACAGAGAUUCCGAUAUCGACUACCUUAACAAGGACGUGGUUGAAGCUCUGUCAACCCUUAAGUGUUUAAGAACAAUCACAUGUGGAUUUCAAAAAUUGAUUUACAUUCUCCCACUGGCUCGCCUAAAGGAACUAGGGAAUAUUGAGGUGUUAUCGGAACACCACCCCAAGAAUGUUAACUUUUCGAGAUGCCUAGACCCCCUUUUAAGGAACUGUCCCAAGCUGAGCUCCUUUAGAAUAAAAGUUCCUGUAGAUGGAAUAACCAAAAAGCUUUUGAACAGUCUUGAAAAUGUGGUUGCUAUAAGCAGAGUUAAGCAAGAUAUUCAAGAGGAUUUGGAUAUUCACAUAUUCUGGAUUAAAAAGCCACAUAGUAUAUUUAACAAGGUUUGUAUACGGAGAAUUGCACAGAUCCACACUAAAGUUAUUCGAUUCCAGAUAAGAGCCGUUAACAAUUUAACUGACAAACAGCUUAAACUUAUUAGAAGGCCACUUCAACGCAUAAAGUUGACAGUUGAACAGCAUAUUGAAAGUGAUAAUAUUUUUUAAAAUAUUGUCGAAAUGCUGGGCAAUUCUUUUCGUUUUAUUUAUGGACAUACAUUAUUUUAAGCACAUAUGCCAAAUAAAUAAUUUGUAAAUUCCUUUGUAUCACUUGCAAGUCAUAAAUUUCCCUAAAAGCAAACUAAGCA